AUGCCAGGUCUGCUGAACCAGAUCACAGGGGCAGCCCUGCCCCUCACCGCCUCUGACGUCACGUCCUUCGUCAGUGGUUAUGCUCUGGGUCUGACUGCCUCUCUCACCUAUGGCAACCUGGAAGCCCAGCCCUUCCAGGGCCUCUUCGUGUACCCACUGGAUGAAUACACCACGGUGAUCGGCUUUGAGGCGGUCAUUGCCGACCGGGUCGUGACAGUACAGAUCAAGGACAAAGCCAAGAUAGAUAAUGCCCAUUUUGAGGGCACCCGUGUCCGAGCCACCUCUGUCACAGGGAACGCUCUGCAGGAGGCGAUAUCUGUCAUCCCUCCUUCCUGCACACCAGGGAAGCUGGCUUUGGAUGAGGAUUUGGAGCGGAUUCUGUUUGUGGUCAACCUGGGGACCAUUGCCCCUAUGGAGAAUGUCACCGUCUUUGUCAGCACCUCCUCAGAGCUCCCAACACUGCCCAGCGGGGCUGUGCGGGUCCUGCUGCCUGCUGUCUGCGCCCCGACCGUGCCUCAGUUCUGCACGGAGAGCAUCGGCCCCUCCACCCAACAGGCCCAAGGGAAAGACAAGCAUUGCUUUGGCACCCGUUCCCUGGACUCCUGGAGCAAACUGUGCCUGGCGACUCUCCUGGAUACGGACGUGUCCAACCCCAUGGAAUAUGAGUUCAACUUCCAGCUGGAGAUCCGUGGGCCAUGCCUGCUCGCAGGGGUGGAGAGUCCCACCCAUGAGAUCCGAGCCGACGCCGCCCCGUCUGCACGAUCGGCCAAGAGCAUCAUUAUCACCUUGGCCAACAGGCACACCUUCGACCGGCCCGUGGAGAUCCUCAUCCAUCCCAGCGAGCCCCACAUGCCACACGUCCUGAUGGAGAAAGGGGACAUGACCCUGGGAGAGUUUGAGCAGCACUUGAAAGGAAGAACGGAGUUCAUUAAAGGAAUGAAGAAGGACAGCAGGGCAGAGAGACAGACAGAAAUCAUCCGGAAACGCCUCCACAAGGACAUUCCCCACCACUCCGUCAUCAUGCUCAACUUCUGCCCUGACCUUCAGUCAGUCCAGCCGAACCUGAGAAAGACCCAUGGAGAGUUUAUCUUCCUCAUUGACAGGAGCGGCAGCAUGAGUGGGACCAACAUCCACCGUGUCAAGGAUGCCAUGCUGGUAGCUCUUAAGAGCCUCAUGCCAGCCUGCCUCUUCAAUGUCAUUGGGUUUGGAUCCACAUUUAAGACUCUCUUCCCUUCCAGUCAGACCUACAGUGAGGAGAGCGUGGCCAUGGCCUGUGAUAACAUCCAGAGAAUGCGUGCUGACAUGGGGGGCACCAACAUCCUUUCCCCGCUCAAAUGGAUCAUCCGUCAGCCAGUGCGCCGAGGCCACCCACGGCUUCUUUUCCUGAUCACUGAUGGUGCCGUCAACAACACCGGCAAGGUGCUAGAACUGCUGCGAAACCAUGCCUUCUCCACCAGGUGCUAUAGCUUUGGAAUUGGACCCAACGUCUGCCACAGACUGGUGAGAGGGCUGGCAACUGUAUCCAAGGGCAGUGCUGAGUUUCUGGUGGAGGGGGAACGGCUCCAACCCAAGAUGAUCAAAUCUCUGAAGAAGGCCAUGGCCCCAGUCCUGAGUGAUGUAACUGUGGAGUGGGUCUUCCCUGAGACCACCGAGGUCUUGAUAUCACCCGUGAGCACCAGCUCCCUCUUCCCCGGAGAGCGGCUGGUGGGAUAUGGCAUUGUGUGUGAUGCCUCCUUAUACAUCUCCCAUCCCAGAUCUGACAAGAGGAGACGAUACAGCAUGCUUCACUCCCAGGGGUCCAGUAGCUCUGUCUUCUACCACUCCCAGGAUGAGGGGCCCAGCCCAGAUGCCAGAAACUCUGCCAAGAGCAUGGGGUCACACUUCAACCUCAAGCAGCCCAAAGAUGCCCAGCCAACCACUGGAGAUGUCACCACUAAUCCUGCUCUAGACUUCUCCCAGCGACGGCGGGCAUACAGCACCAACCAGAUCACCCACCACAAGCCCUCCCCAAGGGCCCCCACAGCAAGCGACCCCACAGUGCCUGCCAAGAGAUACCCACUUCGGAAAGCAAAGCUGCAGGACCUCACCAACCAGAGCAUCACAGAUGCCCCUUGGUGGCAGAUUGAUCUGCAGCCCUUGCUGAACAGUGGUCUGGACCUGAGCCAGGGCCCCAAACUCCGGGGCCCAGGGGCCCGAAGGCCCUCUCUGCUGCCCCAAGGCUGCCAGCCCAGCCUGCCCUCCAGCCAGGAGACCCAGACCUGGAGCCCCAUGAAAGAGCAAGAUCUUGGGUCUAGCCUGAAGCCUGCCUCAGACAGACGUAACCCUGGGGACCUGGAGCCGUCCCAUCACCCUUCCGCCUUCGAGACUGAGACGUCCUCGGACUGGGAGCCCCCUGCAGAGUCCGAGGAGCGGAUCAAUCCCGGCAGGCCCCCCACUCCAGGCCCGGUGCUGGGCAAGGCCGUGGUCAAGGGCUUGCGUGACAGCCAACGUUUGCAGUGGGAAGUGACCUUUGAGCUGGGGCCCCCCGGCCCGGAGCGGGGAGGGGCACAGGACGCUGACCUGUGGAGCGAGACCUUCCACCACCUGGCGGCCCGCGCCAUCAUCCGCGACUUUGAGCAGCUGGCGGAGCGCGAAGGCGAGAUCGAGCCAGGGUCCAGCCGCCGUUAUCAGGUGAACGCUGUGCACACCAGCAAAGCCUGCAACGUCAUCAGCAAGUAUACAGUCUUCAUGCCUGUGGACGUGAGCAAGAGCCGGUACCUGCCCACUGUGGUGGGGUACCCCAACUCUGGUGCCGCAUGGCGGAUGGUCAACUCUCAGGUCCUGACCCGACAGAGGAGGGGCCCGGCUGCUGGCUUCGGACGGUCUCAGACCCUGCUCGGGGAAGACUCAGCAGCAGAAGACGAUGUGGAAGAAAGCCCCACUGCACCCUUUGGUGAGGCCACGUCCCCGGGCCGCGAGAAGUACGUUGCUUCCGAAGGUCCCCUGCGCAGUCUGGUCACCAAUACCCUUUCUUCCUUCAAGACCUCAGACUCUCUCUUUGGAUCCAGGCUGAGUCUGAGCAAGUCCAGGUUGCUGACUCGGGCAGCCAAGGGCUUCCUGAACAAACCGCUGACCAAGGCUCCAGAGUCAAGCCCAGGGACCCAGAGUUUCGACUACAUCCCACUGGUGUCUCUGCAGCUGGCCUCCGGAGCCUUCCUGCUCAACCAAGCCUUCUGUGAGGCCGUCCACAUCCCCAUGGAGAAGCUCAAGUGGACCUCACCCUUCACCUGCCACCGAGUGUCCCUCACCGCCCGCCAGCCGGAGUCUAAGACCCCGAGUCCCCAGGGGUGCACCAGCUCCUCCGCGCGGCUCCCCUCCUGCGACAGCUUCUCCCCGGAGCCUCUGGCAGAGGGCAAGCCAGGCUGGGAGCCCAGGGCUGUGGUAGAACACACGGGGAAGCUGUGGGCCACCGUGGUGGCGCUGGCGUGGCUAGAGCACAGCUCAGCCUCCUACUUUGUGGAGUGGGAGCUGGUGGCCGCCAAAGCGAACUCCUGGCUGGAGCAGCAGGAGGUCCCCGAGGGCCGCACUCGGGGCACCCUCAGGGCGGCCGGCCGCCAGCUAUUCGUGCUCCUGCGGCACUGGGACGAGAACCUGGAGUUCAACAUGCUUUGCUAUAACCCAAAUUACGUGUAG